CCGGCCCGGCCCGGCUCGGCUCGUUCCGGCGCGACGGAGGGAGGCGGCGGAGGCGGGAGGAAGCGGUGGUGAAAGCGUAGCAGGAAGCGUAGCGAAGGGUGACCGCGAGUAGCGCGACCGGUUAGCUCCCCGCCGGAGCUUUGUGUUAUUCUUGGAAAGUUUCGCACCACUUGUGAAUUCCUUGAGCCUUGGCGUUGGGAGCCCACUUCUGUUGGGCCCUCCUCCCUUACAGUUUGCUCACAUUAAGACACAGUUGGCUCUCCAGCAGUUGACCUCGGUUGCUCCCAACGCUCCCGCACCUCCUCAUGCGUGGUUAAGUCGGGUGGUUCCGAAAAGCACAAUGUUUAGCCCUAGAGGAACUUUACCUCAGAGGCCCAGAGGACCUAACCCGUCUGGCGCAAAGCCUCCAGGAUCCUUUCCGGGAGGAGGUGCAGGAGGUCUGCAGAGAAAACCCGCGCCUGGAGCUCCUCAAGGGGUGCCGCCGAGAUGCUCGGGGCAGGAGACGCUUCAGUGGACGGGCUCCCAGAGGAUAAACGUGCGGGUCACUCUGCACAGGCCCGACCCGAGGAAGGUGAAGGAGAAGACAAACCUGCACCAGGAGCAGAAGGGGGAGCCUCGCCCGACGCGCUGGGAUAUCACCCCCUGCUCGUCCGGGAUGAGCGGGCAGAAGCCGCCCGGCCCGGCGCGGAUCUCGGAGCAGAACGCCAACGCCCAGAACCGCUACACGCCGGAAAGCGCCUCCAGCAUUCUCGCCAGCUUCGGGCUGUCCAACGAAGACCUGGAGGAGCUCAGCCGGUACCCGGACGAUCAGCUGACCCCCGAGAACAUGCCGCUGAUCCUGAGAGAGAUCCGGAUGCGCAAGAUGGGGCAUUCUCUGCCCGGCCUACACGGGCAGAGCCGGGCGGAGGAGCCGGCGGGCGGCGCGGCGGUCAAGAGCAAAGUGAUCGACUACGGCCACGCGAGCAAGUACGGUUACACCGAGGACCCUCUGGAGGUGCGUCCCUUCAACCCCGAGGCUCUGCCCGAGGAGCCUCUGGAAGCGCGCGUCUACGCUCCCGAGGUGCCCGGCGCCGAGAAGAGGGAGGAGUUCCCCCGGGAGCAGAGCGUGCCCAUGGCUGUCCCCCCGCCCAGCGUGCCCUGCAAUCCGGUGUUCCAAGUUGAAGAUCUGAUCAAACAGACCAGAUUCCAGCUCGAUUCCUCGAACCCUCGACCCUUCUUUCCAGCCGAGGCUCCGGGGAAGGUGUCCGGAAUAUGCGUAACGCCUCCUGGACUCCCUGGGGUGAAACCCGUGUCCCAGCCCGUGAUCGCACCCAUCAUGCCGCCUAUGAUGCCGCCCAUCAUGGCACCCUUGGUACAGCCCAUAAUGCCGCCGGUCAUGCCUCCUCUCGUCCAGCAGCCCAUGCCCCAGCACGUGAUGCCACCGAUGACCCAGCCGCCCUUCCCGGCCGAAAUCCCCGCCGUAAACCACCACGAAAGACCUCAGCACGAGUCUGGGACGAGCCAGCCCAACGCCCAGAGCGGCUCGGGAGCAGCCCCCAAGCCCUUCCGCCCGCAGGCCGAGGAGCCCUUUCGAUCUCCUUUCGGCAUCGUGAAAGCGUCCUGGCUUCCCGUCCUCCCGCAGUCCGAUGCCCAGAAGAGCAAAAAGUUGCCCACCCCAUCAAUGAUGAAUGACUACUAUGCCACGUCGCCGAGAAUAUUCCCACAUAUGUGUUCUCUGUGUAACAUUGAGUGCACUGAGAUGAAGGACUGGAUCUUGCAUCAGAACACUCCGUCUCACAUCGAGAGCUGCCGCCACUUGCGCCAAGAGUACCCCGACUGGAACCCCGAGGCUCAUUCCUCCAGGAGGAAUGCGGUGGAGAAAAAGGAAAACCAGACGCCCCGGCGGCGCUCCAGCUCGGCCAGCCCCAGCCCCCGGCGCUCCCGGGCCCCCAGCUCCAGCUACUACCACCGCCGCUCGCGCUCCCGCUCGCGCAGCCCGGCCCGCUUCCGGCCCCGGCCCCGCAGCCGCAGCCCCUGGUACGCGCGGCGCCGCAGCCCCAGGUACCGCUCCAGGUCGCCGCACCGCUCCCGCCACCCGCUGCGGGCCAGCCCCCGGCCCCGCCGCUCCUCCAGCCACGAUCGCUCCUCCAGGAGGUCCAGCCGCUCCCGAGCAGUGGGAUCUUCAGGAUCAGGAUCCUCUCAUGGACACCUGAGGAAGUCAUCUGGAAGUGUGAAGAAGCCAGUGAAAACAAGUGGUUCUGCCAAGGCUUCAAAGAAAGAUGAAGCUUCUUUGCCUGAGUCAAGUUCUUCAUCUCCUAAAACUGAUGAGGUGCCUGAAGACAAAGAAACAAAAGAUGGUGAGGAAGACUCAGCUGCUGGAACUGGUGGACCCAAUGCCCCUUCUUACAACAGGCUGUUGAGGAAGGAGCUGCUGAGUUGUGGGACAGUCCUUCAGAUAUCUGAUUUACCAGAUGAUGGCUUCUCAGACCAGGAUAUCAGGAAGAUUGUCCAGCCUUUCGGCAAAGUCAGCGAUAUCAUUGUGCUGCGCUCCAGGAAUGAGGCCUUCCUGGAGAUGAACUACAAGGAAGCUGUGAUAGCAGCCGUGAAGUACGGCGAGAUGACUCCGGUGCUGGUCAACGGCAGGAGGGUGAAAAUCAGUGUGGCUGAGAAGCCAAAGGCUCCUCCUGGCAAGGCCAAAACAAGCAUCAAAAAAAAGACUCAGCCUGUGAAGAAGGUUUUGCCAAGCACCAAUUGUGAAAUGGUCUGGCAAGAUCUCCCCUCCAUCAGCCUCUGGCUUCCAGCAGACAUCAGGGGGUUCAGGAGUAAAAAAGACAAGACUAAGAAACCAACAAGUAGCAAAACCAAGGAAUCUUCAACCCCUGAAGAUGAAGACCUUCAGAUCUCCACCAAAGCUGAAGUGGAAGGUGAGAAAACAACCCAGUCGGAGCCACAGAACAUUCCAGACAAGGAUGGAGUUCCAGAGCCUGUGCAGGCAGCAGAGGUGACCAACCCUGCCCCUCUGCUAGAGAAACCUGCACAGAUGCCUCAGGUGGCAGCACCAGACUUGGAUGAGUUGAAGGAGGCUCUGGUUGAUCAAGAAGCAACGGUAACAACCACGGAGAGCAAAGAGGCCACAGAGCCAGCCAGCAAGGAACUGGGUGAUGUCUGUGUGGUCCUUGUUUCAAACCUCCCUGAGAAAGGCUACUCUGUGGAGGAAGUUUCCAACCUGGCAAAGCCCUUUGGGGGACUGAGGGAUGUGCUGAUUUUAUCAUCUCAUAAAAAGGCUUAUCUUGAAAUAAACAGAAAAUCUGCUGACUCCAUGGUCAAAUUUUACAGCUGCUUCCCAAGGUCCCUGGGUGGGAACCAGCUCUGCAUCAGCAUGGUGCCUCAGUACACCACUGUCAAGGAUGAAGAAGCAAUAUUCACUGCUCUCAUUAAAGACUCUGACCCUAAGGUGAAUACUGCAGCUUUCCAUAACAGAUUUGUGCAUCUUGGGAACCUGCCAGAUGAUGGCUACAGAGAGCUGGAAGCAGUUUGUGUGGGACUCAGGUUUGGCAAAGUGGACAAUUAUGUUGUCCUGAAGAACAAAAACAAGGCAAUUCUGCAGCUGGACAGUGCCAAGUCAGCCAGGUCCAUGUACAGCUUUCUGCAGCAGUACCCUUACAACAUGGGUGACCACACACUGACCUGUACCUUGUCACCCAGUGCAGAGACUGCUGAGGCUGAAGUUGUGAAAAAGGAAGUGAAGAAGGAGGAGGCAAGCCAAGGAAGCUCUGGCUUGAAAAAAUAUCCAGAGGGAUCAGGAGUGGUGCAAACAGCAGCUGCUAAUCCUCCAGUAGAGGCCAGCGUGGCAAAGAGAGGACCUGUUCCCAUCUCUCCCGUCAAAGAGGAGCUGUCGGCGGCGCAGGCAGCGCCCUCCAAGCCCCAUCUGGAAGGAGCAGUGAGGGAGUCUGCUGCCAGACCAGCAGAGGCAUCUCUGGAGAAGGUGGCUGCUGGAGUUGAAGCUGUGGUGGCAUCUCUCAGAUCUGCUGAUAGUGAAUCAUCUGAAGUGAAGUCAGAAGAGCUGCUGCUGCCACCUUGCAGCCUGGAGAGAGGAGAGGCGCACAGAGGGAGAGCCGCAGCGGAGCCGCGCGAGUCCGCCGCCGGCUUGGCGUCCGAGAAGGAGGGUCAAGAGGAAGGUGGAGGGUUGGCUGCUUCUACCACUGAGCCACCAGAAGAACUGUCCAGUGUGGGCAAGGCUGAAGGUGUGCUGCCAGACUGUGCUGUGAAGCUGGCCGGGGGGGAAGCGACAGGGAGCGUCCCCGAGGCGCUGCCCCCUCGCCCUGGGGCAGCGUUAGUGCAGAUGCUGUCGCCCGGCGUCACGCAGCCGACCAGCAGGUUGGAUGCUCCUGCCACGAGUCCUUGUCCUGGUGCUGUGAAGGCUGGGCAGGAAGUGGCUCUGAUGCCAGCAGUGGAGAGCAAACCUGGGGUGGCCAUGGAGAAGAAACUGGCUGGAACCGGGAAGGUGAAGCCAGAAGAUUUUGUGUUCGCGGUCGGAAGAGCUGCAGAGGAGAACCCUGAGCACCUUUUGGACAGGACUGGGGCAGAGACAGAGAAGCAGCUUGAAAAGCUUGUGGCCAGGUUUGGGGCUGCUGCUGAAAGUGCUGCAAAUGCUGUUGGUGAGGACAAUGAGGGAAGCUUAAGCAAAGCCUUUCAGAGUGAAGGAACGGGCCCAGCAAAACCCUACGAGGCCUCCAGAGCAGCUGUGUUCAACUCCUCUUUCGCUGGCAAAGAAUCUCCCACUGUUGAUAAAACCAUCUUAAAGGCAGUGGUGUCUCUUGUGGAUAUCUCCAAGUCCUGGAUUCCAGUACAGAGAAGUGAGCACUUCCUGUGUAAAGGAGGGGAGCAGAACUCUCCCCCAAAAGCUGAGAGCCAAGGCCCAGCAGGGGCGGAGAAGAGAACGCCAUGGAAAGAGGAGGAUGCCCUGCGAGCCGGCAGCGGCCCCUCCAGCCUGGGGGAUGGCAGCAGCAAAUGGAGAGCCAGCAGGAGCUUUCUGGUUGAUGGAAGGGGAGGCAAUGGGAGGAAUUCAGCUCAGCAAGAGAAGGACUGCCGAGUGGAGUCUAGGGCUAGCUCAAAACAGUCCCAGGAGGGGGAGAGUAGAGCACCCAGCAUGAAGAGAGACAGCGGCGGCAGCAAGGCUUCUGCUGCUGACAGCACCAAGGCUUCGAAAGGCAGCACCAGCAGCAGUGCAAAACAAAAGGAGGAGGAAGAGCUGUUUCCAUUUAACCUGGACGAGUUUGUCACGGUGGACGAGGUGGUGGAGGAGACGGAGUCUCCGGUGCGGACGCGCCGGAACCCCCCGCGGGGCAAGCGGAAAGCUGCUGCCAAGGCCAACUCCUCUGCUGAGCCCAGCUCCAAGAGGAGGAAAAGGAAGAGCUCCGUGGCCCACGCCGCGGCCGCCAAGCUCCCCUUCGUCACCCUGGAUGAGAUUGGGGAGGAGGAGGAGGUGGCUGCCCAGCUGAUGGAGGUGGCUCACCUGGAGGCGCUGGGGGACUCGCAGGGGCUGCUGGUGGUGGACGAGGUGCUGGAAGAGGAGGAGCUGCCGUCGGAAGCGGGCGGGGACCCGCGGCCGCUGCUUCCCUGGGAGGAGGCGCCGGGGCAGCCCGAGCUCAGCUCGCAGAAGGACCUCCCCAGGUCGGCCUUUGAGGAGCAGGAUUUGAAGGCUGAGCCCUUGGUGACUGUAGAUGAGAUCGGUGAAGUGGAGGAGCUGCCUCUGAACGAGCCUGCAGGCUUGAGCAUCGAGGACGUGCUGAAGCAGAAGGAGGAGGAGGAGAAAGCGGUUGCUGAGGACAGCGCCUCCUCCCAGGUGCCUGAUGAUCCUAGUGCUUUGGUGACAGUGGAUGAAAUACAGGAGGACAAUGAAGACACCCCUCUGGUGACUCUGGAUGAAGACAACGAAGAUGAGGAUGACUUCCUGGACGAUUUCAACCGCCUGAAGGAGGAGCUGAACUUUGUUACGGUUGAUGAAGUUGGAGAGGAGGAUGAGGAAGAGGAAAAUACUUGCCCAGGGAAAAAUCUGCAUGAGGGUGGAGACAAAGACACUGCUCCCGUUGCAGCACCAGGGGAAGAGGUGGUUGCUCCCAUUGCAGCACCAGGGGAAGAGGUGGCUGCUCCUGUUGCAGGACCAGCAGGGGAUGAGGUUGCUGCUGUUGCAGGACCAGAAGGAACUGAAACUCUGGGAGCUGUGAGUGCAGAAGAAACAGUGGUGAUCUCAAAGGCAGAAGGAGAUCAGCUGGCAGCAGGAGAUGAAGAGCCAGACUCUCAGCAGAAGAAAGCAGUUCCUUCAGGUGUGUCCAAGACACAGAGUGCUCCAAAAGAUCUGGAUUACCUGGUUCCCAAGGCUGGCUUCUUCUGUCAGAUCUGCUCCCUCUUCUAUGCUGAUGAAAUGUCUGUGAAGAACCACUGCAAGACCCCUCUGCACCAGCAGAACAUGGAGAAAUUCAUGGCCAAGCAGAAGGAUGAGGAGAGCAGUGGGAAGGAGCAGAGCUGGAGGUGAUCCCAAGGGCAGAAGGCUGAUUCCUGGGAUGAGCUCACUUUAGGGUCCAGUCCUUUCUUUCUUUCU